AUGAGCUUCGUCUAUGACUCCACCAUUAUUCACUCCGACUCUGCUCACGUCACGCAGGGUAGCCUUGACCACGAAGCUCGUAGUCUAUGCUCUUUGGUUGAGGAGCAGAGAUCGUCAACAGAUUCGAGCUCUCGUCCCAUCAUCCUGGUCGCUCACAGUCUUGGCGGAUUAGAACGCACAAGGCAUGAUGUCGAGGCUGUAGCGAGGGAUGUGGCCGGCAUGGUUUUCCUCGGCACCCCUUUUGCUGGCUCAAAUGCAGCCAAGUGGGGAGAGCUGGUCCGCAAGAUCUUCAAUGUCGUGAAAAAGACUGAUCAAAAUACGCUCAAGACACUCAAGGAGUACUCAGAUGAUCUACAAGAACUUUGA